AUGAACGCCCACGCCUGUGCUCGCAUGGCGCUCGGAGGGGGGCAUUGGGAGGUGCUCUCCUUUUUGGAAGAAGGGGGUGCAAACGCGAGGCGGAUUCGGGAUGAUUUCGAGUUACGUCUCUUCAAGGCCGCGAGCUCUGGACACCAGGAGAGGGUGGCCCAGUACCUCGAGAAGCUGCCAGACCUCCACCUUAGCAAGGAGUUCUGUUCCAAGGUUUUGCGCGAGGACCAGCUGGAGCUAUUCAAGGUGCUGCUGAAGGGGGGCCAGUUUGGCAGGGUUCUAAGACCCGGCCUCUCUGUCCCGGGACCCAGUCAGUUGGAGGGCUACCAGCAGCUAGCUUCCGUGUUUGUAAAGGCCUUUGACGACAAGGGUCAGCGCUUCCCGAUUGAUUUCGAUGAAGCACACGUGUGGCUGCAGUAUGGGAGGAAGGAUAGUGCUCUCCGUACCCUAAAGGCCCAUUUUACGGAGAACACCGAUUACACGUUUGUUGACGGCAGCUCAGCUUACUCCCCACCGAGUGUGGAGGUACCUCGGAAGGGGCCAGCCCCUGACAAGUACUACUUGACGACUGAUGCGUUCGAGAAUUUUGCAAUGGAGGCACGCACAGAGGCCGGCGACCGGGUCAGAGCAUUCUUCAGGGCCAUUCGGGACGCAUACGUGGAGUUAACUACCACCCCCCCAAGCCAACAACUGUCGCGUGAGAAGGCGCUUGAGUUGCUGUUCGAGGGGCAGGGCUGUCUGUAUCUCGCUUGCAUCCACGAGACUUCGAAGCUGUACAAGUACGGCUGCAGCACCAACCUCCCAAAGCGCAAUCUGGCCCACCGGAAUCACUUCAAGCCUCCUUAUUCGUAUAGGCUGGAGAUGGCAUGGAAGGCUGAUCGGCCGCGCGAUGCAGAGGAUACCUUCAAGGGUGACCCGCUGAUAAAAGAGAUCCACCAAGAGGUUGAGAUUGGGGGUACUGUGCACAGAGAGAUUAUCCGCCUACCUGAUCACGUCGACAAGGGCAUUGUCCUAGCAAUUGCAGAGCGGGCGGCUCACAAGACACAAAAUACGAUUCAACACCUUUACGUUGGAGGCUCUUCCAACGACGAGAAGAGCAAGGAGGUCUUGCUAGCCAAGGAGAAGACCCGGCAAGCUGACAUUCAGGCCAAAGUGCGACUGGCGGAGUUAGAUCAUGAACUGAAGAUGGAAGAGCUGAGGCUCAAGUGCGCUCCGAAGCAGACCGGGAGAAGGACGAGACUCGUCACUGCCACCGAGGCAGGGGAUGCUCAGAUGACAGAGGGACUUCAGAUUGUUACACAGUACGGGGAGUCUUUGCUUGAUGCAAGUGAGCACAGUGCCACAGAGGAUUUUGUGCCAGAAGUGACAGAGCCCUUGAUCGCCCCUGAUGUUGAAGAGCCUGUGGACGAGGAGGCAAGUGAGACCCAUGAGCUUCACGGGGCUCAGGAGCUUGCUCAAGUUCCCCAUGUUGAUACUAUUCCUGAGCUUCAGGAGGUUACACCCGAAAUUCAGGAGGAUGGAGAGGGCACAGUGACAGAGGGGGCACAGACCACCAUUGCAGCUUAUGCAGAGGGUUUGAUCAGCCGCUUCAUCGAAGAGCACUGCAUCCUUGAAAAGUCAAAGUAUGUUACUUCGAAAGAUUUCCGCGAUCGUCUGCUGGCCAUCACAAACGAGAGCGAAGAUGUCCUCAGCAUGAGACGUGUCGGAGUGUUUAUGCACAAGCAAUUCAGGGCAAAGGAGUUUAUUCGCAACUCGAAGCGCUGCCGGGGCUAUGUGGGCCUAUCUUUGAAGGAGUUUUCCGGGUAG